GAGGUCUGAGGUGUGAAUGGGAAUUAACAUAUCUUUUGUUUCCAAGGGUGGGAGAGGUCUGAGGUGUGAAUUGGUCAUUACAAUGUGUGACAAGCUUGGUAGGAACAUCCUGUGUUCAGUGUUUUGUCCAUUUGAGUACCUUGAAAACGAUUUGAAUGCAUUUUUCAUGAUGAAAAAAGGCUCUGGACAGCAUCUGGAAAUGGAACAGUUAAAAAAAACUUUUUAAACGCAAAUGCUUAUAAAUGCGGUUAG